AUGAAGAUAUCUGAUGCUAAUCCCCUAAAUAAAGAACUCUUGGACAACUUAGUGAAAGCUGAAAACAAUUUAAAUUCAAAAGAAGUGCAGUUAAGUACAAUGGUGAAACUUAAAUCUAGAACCAAAUGGGUCAAAGAAGGGUCUGCCAACACAAGAUUCUUUCAUACCAAUCUUAAGUUUAAUGAAGUGGAUAUCUCAGACUCAUUGCUUGAAGUAAUUCCAAAAGCAAUAACAACAGAUGAUCAAGCUAUGUUGGAUGCAGUUCCAUCUAAUGAAGAAAUCAAGCAAAUUCUAUUUGAAAUGGAUCCACAUAGUUCUCCACAACAAGAAUGUCAAGUAUUAAUCAAAUAUGGUUUCUCAGAUACAUGGUGUAAAUGGUUAAGUACUCUAUUUGAAUCUGCAAAAGUCUCAGUUAUGAUAAAUGGUGGACCAAAUGGGUUCUUCUCAGUAGGUAGAGGGUUAAGACAAGGAGACCCUUUAUCUCCAAUACUUUUUGUUUUUAUGGAAGAUGUCCUUAGUAGAAACAUAUGUAAAAUGGUAGCUGAAGGAAAGAUAAAUCCGAUGAGCAAAAAAAAAAACAUUCAGAAGCUAAUGAAACUUUUAGAAGAAUACCAGAAAAGCUCAGGUGAAGUAAUAAACAGAAGUAAAAGCAAGCUCUUUGUGGAUGGAACAACUGCAGCAAGGACAAUGCAAAUUAAGAUAAUGAUGCAAAUGGAAGUAAGUACUCUACCUGACAAAUACUUGGGAGUAAUUUCACAAUCUGGCUAA